AUGAACUUUCUCAAGGGGCACAUAGACCGCGCCACCGAACAGAAGAGCAAUCAACAUAGCCUUGCGAUCAAGACAGUGUCUUUUAAUCAAGUCAAGUGCGAUGAUUUGAGCAUCAAGAGACCCACGACGAAAGACACGGAGGCGCUCCGCCACUUGGCCAAGGACUGGGAACAAAGCGUUGGUAACGGAGCCUUGAUGCGUAUCUCAAUCUACGGCGUGCUGGGGCAUCACAUAAGGACCAGCUCAAUGAAUAUGAAUCACGUCAGCCAGAUCAGAGAGGACCUCUCGUUGGACAAUAUGGCGUUCAUUUCGACCGCAGACGUCAAGUACAUAGGCUGGCUGAUUCAACCAAACAGCAAGAAGACCGCAUCAUUGGUGGUCGUGACAUCACCCAGAGCAAACGGCCCCGCAGCCGGCAACAGGAACGGAAGCCCGGACCCAGCCGAACCUGAUGGCCACACGGCCAACUCUGGAAACAGACCAAUCAUGGAGAACAGCAACAAGGCAAUCAAGGGUCGUAGCAAGGACCGCAGAGUGAGUAACCAUGGCUCUAAGUCCCGUAAGGCGCCUUCAAAUUCUCCUGUCAAGUGCGUCCCUCCUACCAGCCUGGCAGCAUACGGCUUGAGGAGUCCCCCAACGGAGCAGCUGCUGCACCAUCACCAGGGCCAUGCCGAGGUUGCCGACACAGACAUGGUCCUAUCCUUGAAUGCAAGCAGCUCCAGAAACGAUAUACUUUGA